GAAUUUACAAACAAACCAUUUUUAGAUCAAAUCAAAUCAUACAUACCCAGUUUCAGACUCCAAAUUUGCCCUUUCACCCUUACCAAUUUCUUUCCUUCAACUUUGCCACACGGGUAUUCGAUCAUUUUCUUCUUGAUAUUGAUUUAGCCUUUUGACAAUGGCUUCAAAUGGAGAGCUUAAAACUACAAAACCACCUCCGACGCCUUCUCCUUUGCGUAACUCCAAGUUCCUUCAGUCAAAUAUGAGGAUAUUGGUAACUGGUGGUGCUGGAUUUAUAGGCUCUCACCUAGUGGAUAAACUGAUGGAAAAUGAAAAGAAUGAGGUGAUUGUUGCUGAUAAUUAUUUCACGGGCUCGAAAGACAAUCUGAGAAAGUGGAUUGGUCAUCCGAGAUUCGAGCUUAUUCGUCAUGAUGUCACAGAACCAUUGCUGGUUGAGGUCGAUCAGAUAUACCAUCUUGCAUGCCCCGCUUCACCGAUUUUCUAUAAAUACAAUGCUGUAAAGACAAUAAAGACGAACGUGAUUGGCACGCUAAAUAUGCUUGGUCUUGCAAAGAGAGUUGGCGCAAGGAUUUUGCUUACCUCAACCUCAGAGGUAUACGGUGAUCCUCUUGUGCAUCCUCAACCUGAGACCUACUGGGGUAACGUCAACCCAAUUGGAGUUAGGAGUUGCUAUGAUGAAGGAAAACGUGUGGCAGAGACUUUGAUGUUUGAUUAUCACAGACAACAUGGAAUAGAAAUUAGAAUUGCUCGUAUUUUCAACACCUAUGGACCCCGGAUGAACAUAGAUGACGGGCGUGUUGUGAGUAAUUUUAUAGCGCAAGCACUGCGAGAUGAACCUUUGACUGUUCAGGCUCCCGGAACCCAAACUCGCAGUUUCUGUUACGUCUCUGAUAUGGUUGAUGGGCUUAUUCGACUGAUGGAAGGCGAGAACACUGGACCGAUCAACAUUGGUAAUCCAGGUGAAUUUACAAUGAUCGAGCUCGCUGAGACAGUGAAAGAGCUUAUAAACCCGAAAAUAGAGAUAAAGAUGGUGGAAAACACACCUGAUGACCCAAGGCAGAGAAAACCCGACAUCACAAAUGCAAAGAAGAUGCUUGGAUGGGAGCCGAAGAUAAAAUUGCGCGAGGGUCUUCCGCUCAUGGAGGAAGAUUUCAGGCUAAGGCUUGGAGUUGCCAAGAAGAUAUAAACAACCAAGCACUGUUGAUUUUGUUUUUCAGUUGUGUGUUUUGUUUCUUACACUUGUUUUUUGCUUUCUACAAUUUUUACUCCCAAAGUCCAAUAAGUUGGUUCUCCUUGUAAUUUUGCAAUUUCUGUCCUUUUGAACAUCAAAUGAAUCCCUAAAGAUUAUUUUUUUUAAGAGAAUAUCAAUAUCAA